AAACACAAACUCACGAAUUAAUCAGGUGAAAAAUAUGUUUCAUCAAAUGUUUUUCAUUGUGGAGUACUGGGAUGAACGUCAUAUCGUCUCCGCCACAACAAAUUUUGUACGACGUUUAUUGUAACAAAAUUUGACAAUACGGUGUGUGAUAGCAACCCCUCUCAAACCUGCAUCUCGCAUUCAUCCAUCCAUCCACCGACCCUUUACGUCGUAACAUGCAAUAGGCUGUGAUGGAAUUGCCUUGUACCGCUGAGAAGGGGUGUUUUACCGCUGCUUGUGGCUGUGCCACCUGCAGUAGUUUACGUUCUGGUGCCUGGUAGCUACGUUAGUAACAUUGCUUUUAAUUGUUUUUUAACAGUGGCAUUUAUAAGAUUCGUCUGACAUUAGUUCAUGUCAAAGUACAUGUUAACGUGUGCCAUGAUUGUUAGAAAUAUGAACGCAAGUAUUUCGUGAAGAAGAAAUCUUUCACAUCUCUUUUGGGGUAUGGGAAAAUAUGGUGGGAUUUUGUUUACAUCGAGAAUGUUAUGUUUGGACGUUCCGUGUGAGGUUAAUUAUCAUCGCGGGAAUAACAGGUGCCUAUGGUGUCUUCCCAGAAGCAAGUCAAGAGGGUAUGCUUCAUCCCUAUAAGAGCUAUGCUGAUGUGACCUUAUUUCAUUAUAAUGUGCCAUCAGAGGUUUCUCGUGCUACUUGGGAAUUUGCUGCCUUUAUGGACAAUCCUCAUUGUCCCAUCAAAGAUGUUCACAUCUACAUACAGCAUGGCAGUUAUCCUGUUAUGAGCCCAACAAAUUCAAGUUUCCCACCAAAUGUUUAUAUUGGCCGUACAUCACUUCAUUAUAUCACAACCAAGUCAGCAUAUCAACCUCAUGAUGCUACCAUCUUUGCCAUUAAUAAUCCCUUACCUGGAAAUUGGUUUGUUGCAUCAUAUAUCUCUCACUGGGACCAGCAUGUUCAGCAAGAGGGACUUGGUCACAAAUGCCAUUAUAGCCUUGGCUCAGUCGCAUUUUGGUCUCAAGUGGUUGGGAUACCUGUCAUCAGUCCUGGCAUUCCAAAGGUCAUUACUACCACCGAACAUUUUUCGUAUUACAAGAUAUUUAUACCUGCCGGCACCUGGCAUUUUACUGUGAAACUAUCUAAUUGUGAAUUUCAAGUAAAUUCAGUGACCAUGUUUCACAACAAUAAUACUGUGCUGUACUGCAUUCAAAGUGUAGCUCUUAGAGCGCGCGCACUUCCAUCCUACACUUCAAAAAGUUUGGGGAAUGUCACUGUGGAUUCUGAAUUGUUUUUCACUGAAACCGAGCCAUAUACAAAUGGGUUUUAUUAUUUACUCAUUGUAACAGAAUCUAUGGUCAAAUUCAAAGUAGACAUUUCUACAACAGAAUGUAGUGUUCAGCCAUUGGGCCCUAGUUUGAGUAAACAUUUUGCACAAACAUCAGAAAUAACUGUUCGGCAUAGUAACAAUACUAUUCGCUCAGACUGGGCUAGCACAAUACGGCAUAUUAACAAUAGUAAAAUUCCAAAAGUUACUAGAAGCCCUGGGAUAAGACGAGAAGAUCUUAUUAAGCUACAAUACCCUUGUUUACCAACAUUUCAACUGGCACGUAUUAAGCAUUCCCAGGAUUUUGCUGAUACUUUUCUUUUGCAGGGUCGUGAGUGGUACACAACAUGGGUUGCACUUACUGAAAUGAUUCCUGUCAUUGUUCAGCUAGAAAUUUUACCAUUUGUUGAUAUUGGUGGGACUUUAAGCAUCAAUAUUCAUCUGGAUGAAUUAUUGAUUAAUACAACAUAUCAUUUGUUGACGAUAACAGCAUGUAUUAGAAAAGGCCGUGCUCCCUCUCACAUUAACUGGGAUAUUAUAUGUCCUCCUUCCUUGCUUCUGAACAUUUCAACAGCAACACCAGAAAGUGUUGAUGCCACAAAAUUGAUACCAUAUCCUGAACCUGACAUGUGGUUUAUAGCCUUUCAAGCAAAAUGUUAUGCAAAUGGUACAGAGAGGCCAUGUCUAAUGAAUGAAGUGACGGUUUCACUGAACAUCAGAACUCAACCAUGUGUCUUUUCUGGUCAUCCUUGUGGACAAAAAGGCGUUUGCCAAGAAUCCCAUAAAGGCCUUCACUUUUUCACAUCAUGUGCCUGUUUAGGUGGCUAUGAAGGUUGGGGGUGCACUGAUGGACGGAAUGCUACACCCGAAAGCCUACUUCUCCUCACCACCCUGUUACUCACACUCAGCAAUGUGUUUUUCCUACCUGCUGUGCUGUUAGCCUUACGAAGGAAUUUACUCACAGAAGCCUUGGUGUAUCUAGCUACAAUGGUUUUCUCAACAUUUUACCAUGCUUGUGACCAAGAUUUCUAUGCUUAUUGUGUCAUCAAAUAUGAGGUGCUGCAAUUUUGCGACUUCUUUUGUUCAAUUCUUGCAUUUUGGGUAACACUGGUAGCAAUUGCCGGCAUUCCUCCUCACAUUGCCUCAACUCUGCAUAUGAUGGGAGUUCUCAUUGUUGCUGUUGGUGUGGAGUACAAUCGCACUGGACUCCUUGUUUUUAUCAUUCCAUUUGGACUUGGAGUUGUGAUACCUGUUGCCACUUGGUGUAUUCGAUGCUGUCGACAGCGUGGGUGUAUCCAUCUUCAGUAUUCUUUACUGUUGCUAUUGCUGCCAGGAAUUUUCUUGGCCACUGUGGGUCUCAUUUUAUUUGCCUUUAUUGAAACAGAAGCUAAUUACCAGUAUGUUCACAGUGCAUGGCACAUAGUCAUUGCCUUGUCUCUUGUGUUCUUAUUACCAAAGAAGUGCAACCAGCAAAGGCCAGGUACUUGUGAAGUUUCAAACGAGGCUGAGCUUUUUGAUAUUAAUGAUUACUAUUCAGCAAGUCCUGUGUUUAUUGUAACAUCAGAUCUUGAUAAUUUAUUAAAUAACUAAUUCUACAAAAGCUGUGGUUCAAAGUUUGUGAAUGGUGUAUACUUAAUUUUUGUGUGAUUGUGUUGAAUUUUGUUGUUGCAUUGUUAGAAAAUAUUUUUAUUGCUUUGAUGAAUUUUGAAGAUUUUUAUUUUUUUAUUGUAUUAUAUUAUCAUAUUAUUUCCUGUUAAGACUUAAACAAUCGAGUACUUUUGAGAUUCUUCUUCAUGAUAGUCUGCAAUGUAGUGUUUGUUGUUAUUUAUGUCUGAGAUGUAUGUUUUGACACAAAGUGCAAAGUAGAUGUCAACACUAAAUAAAUAAGCCACUACAUACACAUGACAAAAACAUAAAAAUAUUUAUUUUUUUACAUAUUGCUAUGUCAAGUCAGGUUCUUUUUUUUGCAUCUUACAUGUAUCAAGUGUAUCAGCUGUCGUUUUCCAUCCACAUGGCAUCCGUUUCUGUCCAUGCUUAAUCAAACAUUAGUGUUACAUGGAAUUUUAGAUGUUCUGUGAUCAAAAUACUGAUCAUUUAUUUCUAAGACAAUAUGUACUCAAUUUUAAUGAAAAGAGGCAUUGAAAAUAUUAUCCCAAUGUAUUUUCUUGAAAACACAAAUGUUCCAAUAAAAUCACAUGUAUAAUUUGAAGACACACAUGUGUGAUUUGUAAUGUUUUGAAAAUUAAUUAAUAAAGACUAAUUUCACAUAAAAAUGUUAGAAAGUAUAAUUUUGGAGAAAAUAAGAUCUCAAACCAUUUUGUGAAUGAAAUGUGUACAGGUGAAAUCUUGUAGAAUAGUACAGUUAUGAACAUAAACAAGAAUUUUGAAACUUACUUUUAGACAUUAAUCUAGGGGAGGAAACUAGUUAAAUUAUGUUGUAUUUAUAGCCUCAGUUCUAAGCAAUAAAAUAUGGAGUAUUAAUGGCUUCAGUGUUAUUAAAUUUAGAUUUCUUUUGAUGAAGAGAGCAUAGAUAUUUUUCAACAAAUAAAUUUUGAGGCAUAUUGAAGACACUUUUAUUAUAUACUACAAAAAUCUGCAGGAUUUUACCUGUAUGUAUUACCUGUAAACAUUGAUGCACUUAAUAAACAAUUUGCAAAAGUG